ACUGAACUGAAGGACCAGGGAAAUAAUAGUCAAGACCCUUGUUUGACUCAAGUCAGUCAGUCAGUCAGUGCAUUUUCGCCAAAAAAAAAAAAUUAUUCAACAAUACCUGAGGUCAUUAUGGAUAAAAAUUCACAGUUGCGAGAAAUGAACCUCUUCCGAGCACCAGCCGCUCGUGCGGCAAAGACACUCGAUAGGUCUCUCUUUGCAAAAACUCUUAACGCUGCGGCGGCUUCUAUCAAGGAGAAUAAGCUGCUGUCCAAGUAUAGAAAGGAGCUUGAGAAGACCAAUGAGGUUUUGUUUAUGGAGAGAUAUAAUCCCGUCUUGCCUGAUCCAGACCCGUCACUUGCUUCUCAAGGCAAAAAAUGUAUCGUGUUGGCUCCUCAGAUUAAGCCUGCGUCUCCAGAAACAUGGAGUCCCAUCCUCAAAGAAGCCUCGAAAGUCGGUGAUAUUAAGGUGGUACCGUAUGAUAUUGAAAUUGGAUAUGACUCUUGGUCUUAUCGUACGUAUGCACACAAGCCUCAUUGACAAGCGAACACUGACAAGUACGAGUUGAUGUUAUGAAAUCCAUUCUUCCAGAUGAACUUCACGAGGAAAUCCCAAGUGGCUUCAACACCGUGGGACACGUCGCCCACCUCAACAUCCGUGAUCAGUACCUACCUUACAAGAACAUUAUCGCCCAAGUGCUUCUAGACAAGAACCCUCACAUCAAAACCGUGAUCAACAAGAUCGAUAAUGUCGGUUCAGAGAACGAGUUCAGGACCUUUGCCUACGAAGUCCUUGGUGGUCCCGAUGAUAUGAACGUGGAGGUGAGCGAGGCCGGCUGCGUAUUCAAGUUCGACUACUCCAAGGUAUACUGGAACAGCAAGCUCGACACGGAGCACAAACGGAUUGCAGGACUUUUCAAGCCUGGAGAGGUUGUUGCAGAUGUCAUGGCUGGUAUUGGACCCUUUGCGGUACCGGCUGGCAAGAAGGGCGUCUUUGUCUGGGCCAACGACAAGAACCCAGAGAGCUACCGCUACCUUGAGGAAGCGAUCCGCAGGAAUAAGGUCUCGGAGUUUGUCAAGCCCUUCAACUACGAUGGCCACGACUUCAUCCGCACAUCCGCAAACCUUGUCCUGGAGGCAUCAAAGCGCGGCGACUGUGCCGUGAUCAAACCUCCGAGGCAACCAAGAAACUCUACGGCUCCGCCCCCGGAGCCUGUCCGAGUGCCCGUGCCACCAACGAUCUCACAUUUUGUCAUGAACCUCCCGGCAUCCGCAAUUGAGUUCACACACAAUUACCGCGGUCUGUACCACGGCCACGAGGAGCUAUUUGAGCCUCACACCGAGACCAAGCUGCCCAUGGUGCACGUUCACUGCUUCUCAGUCAAGGCUGAUGACGAGACACCCCUCAUGGACAUCUGCGAGCGGAUACGUAAAGAGAUUGGCGUCUUACUCAGACCGGGUGAUCCCGAGAACCAAGGCGAGGUGCUCAUCUACGAUGUGCGCGAUGUCGCUCCAGCAAAGAGAAUGUUUUGCGCUUCAUUCCGUCUACCGCGUGAGGUUGCCUUUGCCGAGAGGGCUUAGACGGGGGUCGGUCGAUGUCGAUAUUGAUGGCGCCGGUAGAUCUCGGACCCCGGGGUGGGACUUUGUCGGCCGGGCGAACGGCCGGAGGGGUCUUCCCUUGUGCGGUGCGGUGCGUUGUGUGUUGGUCACUAUUCUAUUCUACUUUACUUUACUGUACUGUACUGUAACGUAUCCGCGCCGCGAUAGGAUAUCGAUUGACCUACCAAAUGCAGUACGAGGCCGGAAACUCAAAAAGAACAGACCAAAGCGCCUAGAUUUGAGACGAAUGCAACUCUACUCUCCUCUACUGACUGUACAGUCAAGAACAGGGUCGCAUUCGUCGGGAUAUGGCCGUCGAUAAUGAGGCGCUUACAGUACUUAUCGCUGAUAUCUUGUCGUCUCCAAGACCAAGACCCCCAGCCAAGCCAAGCCAAUUGGUGGCUGGGUGAGUUUUACCGUGAUCCAUUCAGGCACGAUGACGCUCUCAUGAUAGACUAGAUGAUAAGUCAGUGUGCAGUAGAGAGAGAAAGAGAGAGAGAGCCGCGAUAACGAGUCCUGCGGGGAUCCUUUGAACCGUUACAAAGCAGAACAUGACAGAACCAGAACAGAUUUGCUUGCAGCCGGUCAACGCAGUUUGGGAAUUAUCCUGGCAGAUCGACGGUUCAUCCAAAUUAUGAAAAGUCCUCCUCCUCCAUUUGGUUGUUUCGUGAGCAAAACAAGCUCACAAGGCGCCAUGCGUGGCUGACAAGGUCAAGACGUGGCACCCCCUCACACUUGAACUCGUACAUAUGUAGGAGCAUGAACGUUCCCCUGGCAUCCCUGCUCCCACUCCCACUCACACUCACACUCACACUCACACUCACGGUCGCUGGUGGAAACGGGUUGUGUUGCCCAUCUCAUCAGCGCCGGCAUCUUAUCUUGGACACCGUUAUCAUUAUACGUCCGGACACCUGACUUCGAGUUGAACAACGCAGACACACCCUCUCAGGCUGCUCUGGUCUGCAUCCUCGCACUCUUUUGGUUUCACGGCAUGACCGUUGGACUGCAGUCUGCAGUGUAGUGUAUGUAGUGCGUCGCGCAUGCAUUGGAGCUGACGCGCGCCUUGUUGUGUAACUUGGAAGAACCAAGCCAUGGCAGAGGCAAAUCAAUCGCUGUGAGACACAUUCAAAUCGACAGCGAAUGACAAGACAGAUUAUUCAGGUCGGGGUUCUUCUGCACACGUUUUUGCAAGACACACAUUCUAGGACAUGCUGUGGGCUCUGUAGUGUGGCUGCAUAUUGUCAAUGUCAGUGUUAGUUAAGUGUUAGUCAUGUCGUGAUAUCAAAUUUCAAUUUAGCAUCCUUGUUGAGCAUCUUUUCUCCUCCUCCUCCUCCUCCUCCUCCUCCUCCUCCUCUUCUCUUCCUCUUUCAGUGAUGUGCUUCCAUAACAGCUUGGGCUCCCUGGUCUUUCCGCCAUCCCGACCCAAAAUCCAGGGUUACUUCGAAAUCUAGGCGACCUCGGUGUGGUAUUCCGUAACCCUAUGCGCAGGUAGGGGUGCUGCCAUCCCACGCAAAUUCCCCUGACCGAUCUACCAUACGCACAUCCUUCCUUCAGCCAGGCCAUACAUACAUACAUACACUGUAAAUCAUCCAUGUCUGCAAAUGCAAGCCAUGGUUGCGCUGCAUUAUCAGCAAGAUACCAAAACACAAUACCAUGGAGGCACGGUGCCAUACGAUCUUCGCAGCAUCUGAUGAAUUUGAGGGAUCGAAGUAGUACCCAAGCUGGAAGCUUAUCAACUCUGGUUGAAAAGAUGGCAGUUUGUUUUGAGAAAGGAAGAAAGAAUUUGCCAAAUUGAUGACAGGGUGCACUCGGCGGAGAAUCGCAAAAUCCACAAAGAAACCGAGAUGCAAAGCAACCCGAGCGUGUGAUGAGACAUAUUUGGCGAAUUCUAACGCCAACUGUAUAAAACGGUGGCGAGAAGUAAUAGCCCAUGCAAAUGAAAUGAUUAUGAUUCCUGCAAGAGAAGCCAUUCGGAAAUCACAAGGCAUCAUACUCACACCCUAUUCAACCCAAACUCGUUGAUCCUCUGAGGCGGCCCGUCGCAUAUCAUCUAUAGCUCAGGUGAAAUAUAUGUUGAUGCUGCAACCUGGUGGUCUCUAUCUAGCCCUCGCACUCACAGGUAUCAAUCAGCGCAGGGCCAUGCUGCAAGUCCAAAGAACGGUUGCGGGAACUGCAACCCAUGGCAGGGAGGCUCUGGAUGGAAUCAUCUGGUAUCCGGGUCCAUAUGCAACGCACAUCACGCAUCUACAUACAGUACAUCAAAGUUCAAACGGCCAUCUCCAAUUAGGCUCUGCUGCAGCGCCUCGGGAACCAGGAUCUGGCGAGAAUGGGGUGUGGAGUAUAAGUUAGUAUCGGGAUGAGGAAGCGAGAAGAAGUAGACAGUCAAGCCAGUCAUGAAUGAGGCUGAAGACGUGAGUAUAUAGAAAAGCGACUGCUUCGAGAUAGGGUUGUAAUGGAGUUGCCGUGGGUGUUUCGAUAACAUUGAUGCCAUUCGUCCUCCAUCCAUCCAUGGCAUGACUGGGGUGAUAAGUCAAGAGGUGGCAUGGCAUGUCCCAGCAAGAUUCGCUGGCUUCGCGCCAAGUUCGGGAGAAUCGAGCUCGUCACGAUCAUAGGGUUCAAAGUUCCCGAUUCUCCAGGGGCUUCCUCGCCAAGGGGUACUCUGUAUUGGUAUUGGUAAUAUCUCACAAUUCAUGAUUCUCCUGAAGGAUGCACAUGAAUGAACCUUCAC